AUGGAAAUGGGGUCUUCAGUAGAUUUCACCGCCGAUUCAUCCAAUAUCUCGGAACAAAGAUGUGCUACUUUUCCUUGUAUCCUUGUAUUAGGCAUGGCAGGAUCUGGGAAAAGCUCUUUUGUGCAGCAAUUGAAUUCUUAUCUCCGGCAGCAUAAAUAUAAGCCGUAUUUGAUUAAUCUUGACCCGGCUGUCGUUAACGUACCUUAUCCAGUGAACAUUGAUAUCAGGGAUACCGUUAAAUACAAAAGCGUCAUGCGAGAAUAUAAUCUUGGACCUAAUGGAGCAAUAAUGACUUGUUUGAAUUUGUUAUGUACGCGAUUUGAUCAAGUGAUGGAUUUGCUGAAAAAUAGAGCAGAUUUAUGUUCUCAUUGCAUAAUUGAUACUCCUGGUCAAAUUGAAGCUUUCACUUGGUCUGCUUCUGGCUCUAUAAUUACAGAAACCUUAGCUUCAACUCAUCCGGUUGUUGUCGCCUAUAUUGUUGAUUCUGUUCGCGCUGCUAAUCCUACUACUUUUAUGUCCAAUAUGCUUUAUGCUUGUUCCAUUUUGUAUCGGACAAAACUACCUUUCAUAAUUGUUUUGAAUAAGGCAGAUAUAGUAUAUCCGAGUUUUGUUACGAAAUGGAUGAAAAGUUUUGAAGAUUUCCAUGAAGCUCUCGAUUCAGGCAAAUCGUCCUACAUGCAUGAUCUAACUCGAUCUUUAAGUCUCGUUCUUGACCAGUUUUACGAAAAUCUUUCACCUGUCAUAGUUUCAUCUUUAACGGCAGAGGGAUUCGAUGAAUUUUUAAAGGAGACAGAAAAAUGCCUUAAGCAAUAUUUUGAAACAUAUCGUCCAAUGUAUGAAAAAUUAAAAGUUGUAAAGGCUAAUCAUAAUAAUGAAAUGAUGUGCGCUAAAAAACUUGAAAAUUUUUCAAUCCGAGAUGGUGUGAUCAAUCCACAAUCAAAUGAAACAGUUAAUGUGGUCGAAAAAAUGAAUUUAGAUGAAAAUGAAUAA